AUGGCUGAUAAAACAAGUGAAUGGCGACCCGGGCCCACGGUUUGUCGGUGUUGUCUCGCCGAGGGCUGUUACAAAGACAUUUCCACUGAAUAUUUUUGGAUGGGAAAGAGGGAAGUCUACGCUGAGAUGCUAGCAGAAACCUUCAGUGUCUCCAUUGCAUACUCAAAGUCAGGCGGUCCAAACAGCAACAGCCGUCUUAUCUGCGAACCAUGCAUAUCCCGUCUCCGAGAUGCUUCAGACUUUAAGAAGCAGGUGCAGGAGUGCGAGAAGACCUUUAUGCAAUACUUGGACCCUGGCAAUAGUUCGACCACUUUGGAAUCAGAAGUACAAACAAGCUCAACGGAUAAACGGGUGAAGGUCGAACAAGUAAAAAUCGAGAGGCAGUUCAGUGAUGAUGAGUUUGACAGUCGGGACUUUGGUGAUGAUGAUGAUGAUGAUGAUGAUAUGGAUCAGCCGCUUACCACAUUCGCCAGUAAAGAACCGAAAAAAGAAACAGUUAACCUUAUGGAGUUGCUGGCAAGCCCGCAGCUGUCCGUCAAAAGGAAGGCCCCGGCUCAAACUAAAACUGUUUCCGUCAAAAAGGUGAAGGUCAUCAAAAAAGAUGCUAGAGGCAAACCGACUACUAGCAAGGCUGCCCAGAAAAAUGAGGACAAGAAGAAAAAAGGGCGGAGGAUGAAAAGAGACGCAUUAAGCGACGCGGAUAGUAAACCGAAACAGAAACUGUUUGAGAGAUCGGUUAACCAGAACCCCCGUAAGCAAAACGCGGUGUUGACCUUAAAAUAUUCCACCGCCUUCCCUUUUAAGACGCGUUUCAAUCGUAUCAUUUGCUCGUACUGCCACGACGAGUUCGAUAUAAUGGCUUCGCUGAGGGAGCACAUGAAAAACGAACACGCCAACGCUGAUUUCAAUAGCGCCUUCUACAAGGUUGACGUGUUGAAAGUCAAUAUAACAGAUUUUAAAUGCACGAUUUGCGAACAGACGAUGAGUGACGUUGAAACGUUUAUGGCUCAUAUUUCGCGGGAUCACGGUAUAUCGGUUAACUUUGACGUGCCUUUCGGCGUUCUGCCAUAUCGUCAGGACUCGACCGGCAUGUGGACUUGUCUGAAGUGCGACAAACUGUAUCCCGAGUUCGCCCAAAUCAACGGUCACAUACGUACUCACGUUAAAAUUUACACGUGCGAGAAGUGCGGCGCCACGUUCUUGUCGGAGCACGGUUUACGCCAGCACGAAAGGAACUUAAAAUGCUACAAGCUGACAUACAAGCCACGUUUCGGGAAAGCGUUGAAACAUCGGAGCAACGCGGAAAUUAUCCUGCAAUGCUCCACAGCGACGCCGUUUCGGACCUGGGGUCAGAAUUUUAAUUGCGUUCUCUGCAGGGUGCAGUCGUACGACCCGAACGGCCUGAGAAUGCACAUGGCGAGCCGUCAUGCGACUUAUGACAUUGAGCACGUGUUCAGCAGAAAACUACGUAAAGAGUUCCUUAAGGUUGACAUUACCGACCUUCAGUGUAAGCUGUGCUUCAUGUCGAUCGAUACCCUAGACGAAUUGCUCUCUCACCUCCGUAACGAUCACAAGCAGCCUAUUAACGCGGAUGUCCAACCCGGCGUCCUACCUUACAAGCUAAACGACGGCUCAGUGUGGAAAUGCGCCAUAUGCACAGCGCAGUUUACAGAUUUUAUAUCUCUCAAGAAGCACACGUCGGAGCACUAUCAGAAUUUCGUUUGCGACACCUGCGGGGAGGGCUUUAUAACGGAAUCGGCGCUCUUGGCCCACACCAGGAUACCGCACGACAACAAAUACUCGUGUAGCAGAUGCGUCGCAACGUUCUCGACCCUGGAGGAGAGGAAUAUGCACGUUAAAACCCAGCACACGAAUUCGCCGUACAUGUGCGCGUACUGUAAAGAUAGACCAAGGUUUACAACCUGGGAGCUCAGGAAGCGGCACCUCAUGGAGUUCCACAAUUACAGGGCCGGCGCCGAUAUUUACGAGUGCAUGACUUGCCACAUGACUUUCAAGACGAGGUCGCAGAAGUACCACCACAACGUGAAAGCGCACAGGACCAAGAAAGAGUCUGAAUACAGCUAUCAGUGCGGCAGCUGUUCGAGGGCUUUUGCUUCUAAGCUGUCCCUUGACAAGCAUAUCGCGAAAAAGCAUUUUCAUGUUUGACAAUAAGUAUUUGAGCCGUUUCGUAUGUACUUAGUGGCGUUGAGUGCAGAUUUGUGGCGUUUGUAUGGUUAUCGUAGCAGACUGACGUUAAUAAUUUGACGAGAUAUUUCGUACGUAAUUAGUGGCGUUGAGUGCAGAUUCGUGGCGUUUGUAUGAUUAUAGUAGCAACCUGGGGUUUUUAAGUCCAAGGUUAGGUUAUUAAAUGAUAUUUCGUACACAGAAUCAAGGGCUACUGCGGUAAAUACAUUGUGUGAUGUCCUUUGUCUUCGGUAAAUGCUAUUACUACCGGCUGGUCUGUGUGCAAGCUGGCCUAUCUAAGCGAAACUCUUGUUCAUAGUAAAAGUCAUCAGUUUUACUAGUGGGUGGUAGGACGUAUCCUGAGACCCAUCUUUAUUAUCCCACCGCUGAAUUGUCUGUAAAAAUGAGUUGCCAAUGGCGAUCGAAAACUGAGAUUGUGGUCUAGAUAUUGUCGAAAUUAAUAACUAAAAACAUAGGCACUAUUUUCACUGCACGCAAAAAGUUUAAAGUAAAUAUUUUUCUUUUUAAACAAUAUUUCUUUUAAGAGCGGUUAUACAGAGAUUUUAUGUACACUCAUGUACAUAAAUUAUUUUACAACUUCAAUUUUAGCUCACGAUCCUAUGACAAAUUUUGAUUUAGUGAGAUUUAUAUAAAUAGAGUUAAAGUAUCAUAAUAUAAUGUAUUUAAUUUUGGUAGUUUGAAGUUCGGAACCGGCGUUACUCUGAAGAAUUGAUGCUUGGAGCUCAAGACUCAACAGACAUUCACGUUGUGAGCUCCGUAAAUAAUUUAGGUGCUUUGAGUAAGCAUCGACACAACAAGAAAAAUUACUGAGCCUAUUAAUGGUUGUAUUAUUUUAGGUUACUGCUUUGAUCUCGACACUAAAUGAAAAUAUACUUUUUUUUUUAA